GAUGGCGGACGAAUAUCAACUUUUAAAAGAAGAAUUUCCUUCGAAUUUGUGACUGUUUCCAGUAUAUUUGUCAUAUACAAAUGAGCACUAGGACAGGCGUUAGAUCAUACUACUGUGUGAAUGUCUUGUAAUGGAUGGUCAAAGCUUAUGUUACAAGAAACUACGAAAAGUUUACCAGUCUCUCGAAGAGCAGAGGAACAGGGUUGAGGAAUCUCAUUCUAACUCUCUCACAUACACAAACUCUUUGGCAAACUUACUUGAGCAGCUGGAUGCUUGUGAGAAGGUUUCAUUCAGCAAAGAACCGCUUGCUGAGUUUGAAAAUCUGGAGGGAAAAUUGAAAUACAAAAUCRUGAAAGCRAUGGAAAACGUCAUGWUGAAACUGCAUGCUGAAUUGAAUGUUAUAAAGGAUGUCAASAAGAGGAUUUCAGAAUACAGGAGAAGUUCAUUUGAAGUAUACAAGCAACAUGCUGUGCAAGGAAAUUUAUCCCUUGAUCAAACAGUUGAAGGGUCUCCUACUUGGCCAUCAAUUACAGAAUUGUUGGAAUGGCUGACAGAUAUCGAGAAAGAUUAUUGUGAAUUAUAUGAACAAAAGCUAGAAAUAAUAGAAACUAUUGACUAUGAUGAUCCUACUGCAUCAAUUGAAGCACUACGAACAUGGAAGUCAGUUGUAAUAAGGAAAAAACGGGAAAGUAAGUCAGUUAAACGAAACUAUUAA